ACUACCUUGUCACCGUGAACGUCAAAAAUAAGUACUCUCUUUUACCGCUCUCUCUCUCCCUCUCACCCAUUUCAUCUCUCUCUGUCUCCCUCAAAAAGCUUUUCCAGUCAAAAACUCCCCGGUGGCAUUAAAGCUAUGUGAAGGAGGUGAAACUCUGUAGGAUAAGAAGCAAUUCUCUCUGUUUUUCUCCGGCGGCCGAGGAACAUAAAAGCCACUGGUUUUUGGACUCACAGGUUUCGUUUAUUUUCAGUUGGUUAAAUGGUACUUAGAGAAACAAAGAUGAUGUCAGAGCGAGAAGUGGAGUCGUCGACGGCGCAGGGAAGACCAAACGGAGGAGGAGGUGAGAGUCAUCAUCCGUUCUCUUCAUUGGGAAGACAAUCCUCUAUCUACUCAUUGACCCUCGACGAGUUCCAACAUGCUCUCUGUGAGAACGGCAAGAACUUCGGGUCUAUGAACAUGGACGAGUUCCUUGUCUCUAUUUGGAACGCUGAGGAGAAUAAUAACAAUCAGCAAACAGCUUCUCAUUCUGUCCCGCCUAAUCACAAUGGUUUCAACAAUAACAACAAUGGAGGCGAGAGCGGUGUUGGUGCCUUUGGCGGCGGUUCGACGGCCCACGAAGGGGCUAAUAGUAGUAAGAGAGGGAUAGCGAAGCAGCCGAGUCUUCCUCGGCAAGGCUCGUUGACGCUUCCAGCUCCGCUUUGUAGGAAGACUGUUGAUGAGGUUUGGUCUGAGAUUCAUAGAGGAGGAGGUGGUGGUUCUGCUGCUGGAGACAGCAAUGGACGUAGCAGUAGUAGUAAUGGUCAAAACAAUUCUCAGAACGGCGGUGAGACUGCGGCUAGACAACCAACUUUUGGGGAGAUGACACUUGAGGAUUUCUUAGUGAAGGCUGGUGUGGUCAGAGAACAUCCCACUAAUCCAAAAGCUAAUCCUAACCAAAACCAAAACCAAAACCAAAACCCGUCUAGUGUUAUACCCGCAGCAGCACAGCAGCAACUCUAUGGUGUGUUUCAAGGAGCUGGUGAUCCUACUUUUCCAGGUCAGGGCAUGGGUGUAGGUGACCCAUCAGGUUAUGGUAAAAGGACAGGAGGAGGAGGGUAUCAGCAGGCUCCACCGGUUCAGCCAGGUGUUUGCUAUGGAGGCGGUGGUGGGUUUGGAGCAGGGGGACAACAAAUGGGGAUGGUUGGACCGCUAAGCCCGGUAUCUUCAGACGGAUUAGGACAUGGACAAGUAGAUAACAUAGGAGGCCAGUAUGGAGUUGAUAUGGGAGGGCUAAGGGGAAGGAAGAGAGUAGCGGAUGGUCCAGUGGAGAAAGUAGUGGAAAGAAGGCAGAGGAGGAUGAUCAAGAACCGCGAGUCUGCUGCAAGGUCUAGAGCAAGAAAACAAGCUUAUACAGUGGAAUUGGAAGCUGAGCUAAACCAGUUGAAAGAAGAGAACGCACAGCUAAAACAUGCAUUGGCGGAGUUGGAGAGAAAGAGGAAGCAACAGUAUUUUGAGAGUUUGAAGACGAGGGCACAACCAAAAUUGCCGAAACCGAACGGGAGAUUGCGGACGCUGAUGAGGAAUCCGAGCUGUCCACUCUAAACGAACAAUAGGAAGAUGAAGUCGCCAAGACAUAACAAGGAAAUACUAGUGAAUUUAUAGGUUGUUGUUUUGUCUUGAGGAAUGAGGUUAUAGAAUGGAUCUUUACUUUGAUGUUUUAUGUGUUGUUAGGAGGAACACACCAUCUGAUCUUCUUGACUACUCUGUUCCUUGUGAACAAGAAAGUGAUUCUGUGUUUCAACAUAAUCAAUCUUUGGGAAAUAUAACGAGUGUUAUGCUCACUAGAUUUAGUUAUC